GAGGGGAGGGACCGGGGAGGGGACGGGGAAAAGGGAAGGGAAGGAAGGGCUGGGGAAGGGCCCUCGGAGGCUUCCGGGGUGGUGGAGGCAUGGAGGAAGCCGGAGGGGGACGGGGGUUCAGUGCCAGCGAGCACCAGCACUGCCGCCACAACCCGCUGCGGGACGAGUGGGUGCUGGUGUCCGCACACCGCGUCAGGCGGCCCUGGCGGGGGCAGCUGGAGCAGCCCCCCACCGAGGACGUGCCCCGAUGGGACCCCGCCAACCCCCUCUGCCCCGGGGCCACCCGGGCCAAUGGCGAGGUGAACCCCCACUACGAGGGCACUUUUGUCUUCCCCAAUGAUUUCCCUGCGCUGCAGCCUGAUUCCCCCGCACCUGCGGCCGCCCGGGGUGUGUGCAAGGUGAUGUGCUUCCACCCCUGGUCCGACCUGACGCUGCCCCUCAUGUCGCUGGCGGAGAUCCGCGCCGUGAUCGACGCCUGGGCAGAGCUGGCGGCCGAGCUGGGGGCCUCCUACCCCUGGGUGCAGAUCUUCGAGAACAAGGGGGAGAUGAUGGGCUGCUCCAACCCGCACCCGCACUGCCAGGUGUGGGCCAGCAGCUUCCUCCCCAACGAGGCGCGCCUGGAGGAGCGGACACAGCGGCAGUACCGGGAGCGGCACGGCGUGCCCAUGCUGCUGGAGUACGCCGAGCAGGAGGCUCGCCGCAAGGAGCGGCUGGUGGUGGAGAACGAGGACUGGCUGGUGGUGGUGCCCUACUGGGCCACCUGGCCCUUCCAGACCCUGCUGCUGCCCCGCCGGCACGUCCUCCGCCUGCAGGACCUGCGUGACAGCGAGAGGGACAGCUUGGCCUCCAUCAUGCAGAGGCUGCUCAUCAAGUACGACAACCUCUUCCAAGUCUCCUUCCCCUACUCCAUGGGCUGGCACGGAGCCCCCACGGGUCCCCACCUGCAGGAGGACUGCAGGCACUGGCAGCUCCAUGCCCAUUACUACCCCCCGCUGCUCCGCUCCGCCACCGUCCGCAAGUUCAUGGUGGGCUACGAGAUGCUGGCACAGGCACAGCGGGACCUCACCCCGGAGCAGGCUGCAGAGCGCCUGAGGAGCCUCCCCGAGGUGCACUACAAGCAGAGACGUCGUGAUGGGGAGGAGUGCGGGGUCUGAGGCCGGCUGGGGGUGGUGGGAGCUGAGACCGGUGAGCUCGUGUCACUUGUGAGCCCUCUGUUUUCCCUCCUGAGCCUGGUUCUGUUGGGUUUUGGCGCUGCGGGGUGGCUUUUGCCUGUUUGGCUACCCCGGUCCCAAUCCUGCAGCAUCCCUGCACGAGUGGUGCAGCUCCUCCUGCUUCCAAAGUGAGGGGCUCACACCCUCCUCCCAGUCCAGUCUCACUGGUGGGACUGGGAACGAUGCCACGGAGCAUCUGCAAUAAAUCCAAAGAGCAAAGUGCCUCUGCCUGUGCCCUGCUGGCUCCUGGCGCUGUGUGGGGUGUCGCUGGUGCUUUUGGGGUCUUUUCUGGUGGGGACCUCAGCUGUUUUGGGGAUAAUGCUGGGGUCUGCAGGGGGAAGUGCCUGCAGCCCUGUUCUGCUCGCUGCUGUCUCUGCAUUGCCUCCUCUUCCUCCCUGGGGGGAGCUCUGGGCCUGUUUGAGCGCUGCAGGCUGGGAGGAGUGGGAAGCAGGAGGAGGUUUUGUGCUGCCCAGGGUGCAUCCACCUCAUAGGGCAGGGCUGAGGGAUGGCAAACUCUCUGCCUGGAUGCCUCCCUGCAGCUGCCGAGCCCAGGAGCUGCUCCUCUUCCUCCUCCUCCUCACCUCCUGGGGCUGCAGCCCUCAUCCUGCCUGGGUACCAGGGAUGCUGGGGGGCCAGCUCGGUGUGGGGCAGCAGCACCUGGUGCCUGGGGUGGGCUGGGGGAUGCUUCAGGCAGCUCCACGCUCUUUGCUUCCCCCCCUGCAGCCCCUUGCCCUGGGCAAGCCCCUGGGGCUGUGCAGGAGCAGGUCCUGUGAUGCCCCAUGACUGGUUUUGGGGUUUGCCCCGUGGCAUGGGGCUGAGCACCACCUGUCAUUGCAUCUUCGCAGUUUUUUUUUUUAAAUCAUCACCAAAGAGCCAUUCUCAUAACUCCCUAACGAGGCCCGUAUUGUUGUGAAGGCUGAGAGUGGUCCCGUGGGGGCCAGAAAUCUUCCGUGAGCAGGGAGAUGUUCUCCUCCUCAGGAUGGAUUUGCUUCCUCCAAGGCAGCGGCUGGUGGGAAGGGACACGGCCCUGUCUGUGCCGAUGCUGUCCCCAUCCCAUGACACAUCCCCCACACUGACCCUUGGGUCCCCAAGUUUUUUGGGAGGAGGCGAUUGGGGUAACCCCACCACUGCCUUCCUCCCCUCUCCUCCUCCUCCUCGCAACAAGUGCAUCCGCAGCCACCUCGCCCCUUCCCGGCUCUUCCCUGGCAAAGCGGCGACGAAUCGGUUUAAGUGUGGGGAUCCAGAUUGGGGUAAUUAGCCGCUGAACCGGUUGUAACGAAGCUCGUCAUCCCCCUGCACACGCAGUUAGCUCUGAUUUAAUAGCCCACCGGCUCCCAGCCCGGGCCGCCGCGCGUCAGCCCGGGGCCGUAAAUGAAACUCGCAGUAAGUCAAGCGGUAUUAAACUUUACAGUCGCCGUCUUUAAAAGCGAGAUGCUUUCUCCAAUAAAUCAGAGCGAGUGGGAUUGUAAAUAUCAAGGCAGGAUCCGUAUUGCUUAAUUAAACAGCACCUAAUGAACAGCC